GAGAAGAUUGUGUCAUGCUUUAGACAUAUAAGAGCUGAAGGGAUGGAAAUAGUUUUAAGGAAAGAGUCUAAGAAGACACAAGAGUGAAUAGUCUUCAGGGAUGGUAGAACGAGGUAGAGAAAGUACCCCGGAGUGACAAAAAGAAGGAAAAGAAGAACACGGGGAGGGUGAAGGCUUGGAGGAACCACCCAGAAGUUCCCAAACCACCCAAUCAAGCCCCAGCUCUGCAACAGGAUCCUCCCCGAGCACCACCUGAGAGCUCCCAGGCACAGCUGUGCCUCAGAGCUACCACAGCGGGACAAAAGACAGGUGGGAGACAGCAGAGCACAAGAUACCCUGCUCCAAGCCAAGACUUCUGGAGAGAACUAUCCCCAAGGACUGAAGAAUAAACUGACAAAUUGCUAUUUUUAAGCAUGAAUUAGACAUACAUAGAAGAUACGCCUGUGGAGAAUUGUAUGUCCAGCAGCAAUGCAAUGAGCUCACCUUCUUUAUAACUGGAUACAAGGACAUUGAAUGGGAAGGCGUUUCUCUCAUACAAGAUGCUCUGUUGAACUGGAAUAGCAACUUCUUAAUCUUGGAGUGCAGUUUUCUUUGUUUUUUGUUUUUUGUUUUUACUUUAAUGAAGCAUAAUGUAGAAAGAUGGCUAUGAGCAGAUUCAUAGUUUGAGUUAUAGGAGUGGGUGAAGCUCCUGUUGAUCUGUCCAGCUGGAGGCAUGUCUCUGGAAGAUGGACGUAGCAGUGGGAGCUUUGAGGCUGAGAGCGCUGCCUCAGAACAGAAUCCGGACCAGAACCAAACCCAGACUCAGGGAUCAGGACUUAACCAGGACUGUCCCAAAUUUCCAAAAGAGGAUGAGAUCGUCCUUCAACGCAUCGCCUCCAUGUCCUCCCUUGAGUCUGACCCCAGCGAUUUCACUGGGAGGUUUACAAAGUUCCAGCGUAACAAGAAGAGGCUGGGAAUCAUUAGAGCCUCUCCAGUGGGUCUGAAGCCGCCCGUCCUGCCCGUUAGUGGAACAGUGGAGAGAAAGGGUCCUGUCGUCAUGGCGCCGGUAAACGUGGACCCGGAGAGUAAACCGGGCGAGUUCGUCCUCAAGAGUCUAUUUGCAAACUUCACCCUGCUGUCCGAACGCAAGAUCAGGAUUAUCAUGGCCGAGCCGCUGGAAAAACCAUUGAACAAGUCUCUUCAGAGAGGAGAGGACCCUCAGUUCGAUCAGUUGAUGAGCAGCAUGAGCUCUUUAGCGGAGUACUGCCUGCCCUCCAUCCUCAGGACCCUGUUUGACUGGUACAAGAGGCAGAACGGACUGGAAGAUGAAUCACACGAAUACAGACCGCGGGCCAACACCAAGUCCAAAAAUGAUGAGCAACAAAAGGACUAUUUACUAGAGCGGAGAGAUCUGGCAAUCGACUUCAUCUCUCUUGUUCUAAUAGAAGUUUUAAAACAGAUCCCCCUUCACCCAUUGUUAGACGGACUCAUUCAGGAAGUAAUCAACCUGGCCUUCAAGCACUUCAAAUAUAAAGAAGGGUAUUUGGGACCCAACACUGGCAACAUGCAUAUUGUGGCAGACCUCUACGCUGAAGUGGUUGGAGUUGUAGCCCAAUCCAGGUUCCCAGCUGUCAGGAAGAAGUUUAUUUCAGAGCUUAAAGAGCUAAAGCAAAAGGAGCAAAGUUCAUAUGUGAUACAGUCUACCAUCAGCCUGAUCAUGGGGCUCAAGUUUUUCCGAAUCAAAAUGUACCCAGUGGAAGACUUCGAGGCAUCCUUUCAAUUCAUGCAGGAAUGCGCACAGUAUUUCUUGGACGUGAAGGACAAAGACAUCAAACACUCGUUAUCGGGACUCUUUGUGGAGAUACUUGUCCCUGUAGCUGCUACUGUGAAGAACGAGGUGAAUGUACCGUGUCUGAGGAACUUUGUGGAGAGUCUCUAUGACAUCACACUGGACCUAUCCUCCCGAAAGAAACAUUCGCUGGCACUGUACCCUCUGGUGACCUGUUUGCUGUGUGUCAGUCAGAAGAACUUCUUCCUCUGCCGCUGGCACAUUUUCCUCAACAACUGCCUUUCAAACCUCAAAAAUAAAGACCCAAAGAUGGCUCGUGUGGCUCUUGAAUCACUCUAUCGCCUCUUAUGGGUUUACAUGAUACGAAUUAAGUGUGAGAGCAACACUGCAACACAAAGUCGUCUGACGUCCAUUACCUCCACACUGUUUCCAAAAGGCAGUCGCAGUGUUGUUCCCAGAGACAUGCCUCUAAAUAUUUUUGUCAAAAUCAUCCAGUUUAUUGCACAGGAGAGACUGGACUUUGCUAUGAAGGAGAUCAUUUUUGACCUGCUGAGCGUUGGGAAACCAGCCAAAGCCUUCAGUCUGAACCCUGAGCGCAUGAACAUUGGUCUGAGGGCAUUCCUGGUGAUCGCAGAUGCUCUACAACAGAAAGAUGGAGAGCCCCCAAUGCCAAACACAGGAGCCACAUUGCCAUCAGGAAACUCUCUUAAGAAAAAGAAAACAUAUCUUAGUAAAACUCUGACAGAGGAGGAGGCCAAGCUCAUCGGCAUGUCUUUGUACUAUUCACAAGUCCGAAAAGCUCUGGACAACAUCCUAAGACACCUGGACAAAGAGGUGGGCCGCUGCAUGAUGCUGACCAGUGCACAGAUGCUCAACAAGGAACCAGAGGACAUGAUCACUGGUGAGAGGAAGCCUAAAAUUGACCUGUUCAGGACCUGUGUGGCAGCUAUUCCCCGGAUUCUCCCUGAUGGGAUGUCCAAACCCGAACUGAUUGACCUCCUCUCAAGGCUCACAGUGCACAUGGAUGAUGAGCUUCGUCUAAUUUCUCAGAAUUCCUUGCAGAGUUUGCUACUUGACUUUUCAGACUGGAGGGAGGACGUUCUGUUUGGUUACACACAUUUCCUUCUGCGAGAGGUGCAGGAUACACACCAGGGUCUGCAGGAUGCCUCAGUAAAGCUCCUUCUUCAGCUCCUCACUCAGUGGAGACUAGCCCUUCAACUACAGGGGAAGAUGAGAGGCGGAGUGGAGGCCAGUCCCCGGGUGCCUGAUAGAUAUCCUCAUUGCUCAGUGCUUCAUGCUGUGGAGGGCCUGGCUCUGCUGCUGCUCUGCUCCUGUCAAAUUAGCACAAGAAAACUGGCCGUGGGGGUUUUAAGGGAAAUACGCUGCCUCUUUACUGCCCUAGGACACGCUGAGGAUGACGACAAGCCCAUGAUCGAGAUCAUGGACCAGCUGAGCCCAACAGUAAUGGACAGCAUCGUUCAUGUGGCUGUGUCAGACUCGUCCACUCUUCCCCUGAGCCAUCAUGUGGACCUGCAGUGGCUGGUAGAGUGGGGAGCGCGCCUCGUGAGCAGCUCCUAUGAUGUGAAGAGUCCCAGUCAUGUCUGGAUCUUUGCCCAAUGUGUGAAGGACCCAUGGGUGCUCUGUCUGCACAUAUUCUUGAGACAGGAGCAUCUACCCAAACACUGUCCCGUCGCUCUGGGAUACGCCUGGCCUUAUGCUUUCACAAGACUACAACUGCUACUGCCUCUUGUUGACCCCAACAGCCCAGUAAAUGCCAAAAAGACGAGCACCGCAGGCUCCAAUGACAGCUACAUCUCUCUGUGGAGAAACUACCUGAUCAUGUGUCUAGGUGUGGCAAAGCCCAGCAUCAUGUCUCCUGGGCACCUGCGGGCCUCCACACCUGAGAUCACCGCCACCACCCCCGACGGCAGUGUAACUUACGACAACAAGGUCAUAGGCACUCCAUCUGUUGCCUGGCUGUUGAAGCAGCUCGUACCAUUGAUGAGAGUCGAGAGUUUGGAAAUCACUGAGUCUUUGGUGCUUGGAUUUGGGUGCACAAAUGCCCUGGUAUUUAGGGAGUUGGUUGAAGAACUCCAUCCACUGAUGAAGGAGGCACUUGAGCGAAGGCCUGAGAACAAGAAGCGCAGAGAAAGGAGAGAUCUUCUGAGGCUACAGCUACUGAGAAUCUUUGAGCUUUUGGCUAACGCAGGAGUUAUUAGUGACAGCACAAAUGGGGCCUUGGAGCGCGACUCCCUGGCUCUUGGUGCCUUGUUUUUGGAGUAUGUGGACCUGACGCGGAUGCUCCUGGAGGCGGAGAACGAGAAGGAGCUGGAGGUGCUCAAAGACAUCAGGGCUCACUUCAGUGGGAUGGUGGCCAACCUCAUACAGUGUGUCCCUGUGCACCACAGACGAUUCCUCUUCCCUCAACAGUCUCUAAGGCAUCACCUGUUUAUUCUCUUCAGUCAGUGGGCUGGACCCUUCAGUGUUAUGUUUACACCUUUAGACCGAUACAGUGACCGAAAUCACCAAAUCACACGCUACCAGUACUGUGCCCUCAAGGCGAUGUCAGCUGUUUUGUGUUGUGGACCAGUGUUUGACAAUGUGGGUCUCUCCACUGAUGGCUAUCUGUACAAAUGGCUCGACAACAUCUUGGCCUGUCAUGAUCUACGGGUGCAUCGUCUUGGGUGUGAGGUAGUAAUCCUGCUCCUGGAGCUGAACCCAGACCAGAGUAAUCUGUUUAACUGGGCUGUGGACCGUUGCUUCACUGGAUCAUAUCAACUGGCUUCUGGCUGCUUCAAGGCCAUCGCUACAGUGUGCGGCAACAGGAAUUACCCAUGCGACCUUGUAACUCUGCUCAAUCUGGUGUUGUUCAAAGCUUCAGACACAAGCAGAGAAAUAUAUGAAAUCUCAAUGCAGCUCAUGCAGGUGUUGGAGUCAAAGUUGUGUGCUUACUCAAAGCGGAUGGUGGAGCAGAAACCCGGGAAUAUUUUGUACGGCACCCACGGCCCUCUGCCUCCUCUGUACAGCGUCAACCUGUCACAGCUUUCUAUCCAACUGGCCAGCAUGUACCCAGAGCUCACACUACCUCUCUUCUCAGAGGUGAGCCAGCGUUUCUCGACCACACACCCGAACGGCAGACAGAUCAUGCUGUCCUACCUGCUGCCCUGGCUCAGUAACAUAGAGUUGUUAGACACUGGACUCUUACCCCCUGCCUCCAGCCCCUGCACCCCCGAUGAGGAGUCACGUGGACAGAACAUGGGAGCCUCCCCCAGUCUGAGGGGCAACGGCUGGGGAUCACUGCAGGCCACGUCUCUGGUGCUAAACAAUCUCAUGUUCAUGACGGCUAAGUACGGAGAUGAGGUCCCUGGUCCCGAAAUUGAAAAUGCCUGGAAUGCUUUGGUCUCUAAUGAAAGAUGGAGCAACAACUUGAGAAUAACUUUACAGUUUCUCAUCAGCCUGUGCGGAGUCAGCAGUGACACUACACUAUUGCCUUAUAUAAAGAAAGUGGUGAUUUACCUCUGUCGCAACAACACCAUCCAAACAAUGGAGGAGCUAAUAUUUGAACUUCAACAAACUGAGCCAGUGAACCCAGUGGUAUUGCAUUGUGACAACCCUCCAUUUUAUCGCUUCGCUGCCAGUAACAAAGCCUCUACAUCACAGACAGGAACCACCUCAAGUAGUAACACAGUUGUGGCUGGUCCCGAAAAUCUCCCAGACACGGAUGAGACCAAACUAGCCAGAGAGAGUGAUGAUCGAAGGGCAAGGGCCCAUAACAGACUGGAAUCCCGCUACAGUAACAGCUCCGGCGGCUCAUAUGAAGAUGAAAAGACUGACCCUCUUCCCCCAUACGCUGGUUGGUUGUUGAGUGUUUUGGAGACCAACCGUCCACAGCCAUUACCAAUGCCAGUGAACGGAGGGUGCUGGGCUCCUCUUGUCGACUACCUCCCAGAAACCAUUACUCCGAGAGGGCCUCUGCAUAGGUGUAACAUUGCAGUGAUCUUCAUGACUGAGAUGGUGGUGGACCACAGUGUGAGGGAAGACUGGGCCCUGCACCUGCCUUUAUUACUUCAUGCCUUGUUUUUGGGUCUGGACCACUACAGGCCUGAAGUUUAUGAGCACAGCAAACGCCUCCUCCUCCACCUGCUCAUUGCCCUCUCCUGUAACAACAACUUCCAAGUUAUAGCUUCUGUGUUGAUGCUGACCAGAGAAAUUAGUGACAACAAAACACUCACCAUCAAGUCCAGCUACCACUCAGAGUACCAGCAAUCAAAUACUCCUGAUUUCCUGAGAGAGUGGCAGGCCUCUCCAGUGGCAGACUCUGGGCUUAGCUCCACCUCAAACUCCUCAGUGGCCAGUCUGGGAGGAGGCAGCACUGCAGGCAGUGUGGGAAAUCUACCCAUUGUUACCCCCGAUGACCUGGAGGACCUUGAGGACGCCCCCAAUGAAAAUGACGAGAAGACACACAAACUUAUUGAGUUCCUCUCUACAAGAGCCUUUGGGCCGCUGUGGGCGCAUGAGGACAUCACACCUAAAAACCCCAACUGUAAGAGCUCAGAGCAGCUCUCCAACUUCCUUCGUCAUGUCAUCUCUGUCUUCAAGGAGUCCAAGUCGGAUUUCCACUUGGAGCAACAGCUGAGUGACGUGGCGUUACAGACAGCCCUGUGCAGCUCUUCUCGUCAUUAUGCCGGACGGUCGUUCCAAAUAUUUCGAGCUCUCAAACAACCCAUCAACAACCACGCAGUGUCCGACCUGGUGUCCCGACUUGUAGAAGUGGUGGGAGAACACGGGGACGAGGUGCAGGGCUAUGUGAUGGAGGUGCUGCUGACUCUGGAAGCAGUGGUGGUGAAUCUGGCAGAAUGUUUGAAGAACAGUGACCUAAUGGCAGCUCUAACCAGGACAUCUUCUCCUGACUUUUUGUUGAGUGACAAACUGAUGAACAGGAAGAGCACAGGACAGCUGAACUUCCCAGGACCAGGAUUUGCAGGUUUAGCGUCACAGCGACACCAGCGCUCCUACUCUGUUCCCAAAAAGUUUGGAGAAUAUGGAAACCUCUCUAGUGACCCCCCUCGAAGUGCCACUUUAGACCGGAUACAGGCAUGCAAUAAUGGCCUGGCACGGGCAGGGAGGCCCCCAGGCUCCUGUUCAUCGUCGACCAAUCGGAUUGAUCCAAGUGUUUUAUCAGACCCCGCCCACGUCUCACAUCCUUCGUCAAUACUCGCCACUGUCUUCUGGGUCGCAGUGUCUCUCAUGGAGUCGGACUUUGAGUUUGAAUAUCAGAUGUCCCUCCGGCUGGUUCAUAAACUGCUUUCAAAGGUACCCUUAGACAGAAUAGAAAACCGUGAGCGUUUGGAGAAGCUGCAGGCUCAGUUGGGAUGGAGUGGUUUCCCGGGGAUACAGCAGCUCUUACUGAAGGGCUUUACAUCGCAGGUGACCUCUGACCUCACCCUCCAGCUCUUCUGCCAGCUCACCCCUGUGUCCCGAGUGGCCGUGGUUGACAGCUCCACAUCCAUAGGUUUUCCUCUGAAUGUGCUGUGUCUUCUGCCACACCUGGUCCAGCAUUUUUCACAUCCAACUCAGUUUUGUAAAGAGAGUGCUGAAAGGAUUGCACAGGUCUGUUUAGUAGAGAAAAACACUAAACUGUCCCAUCUAGCUCAUGUGAUGACACUCUACAAAACACGCUCCUACACACGUGACCCUUUCUCCUGGGUUAGUGUGGUUUGUCGCUACCUCCAUGAAGCCUUUUCAGACAUCACUUUGAACAUGGUCACUUAUAUGGCUGAGCUGCUGGACAAAGGCCUACCCAGCAUGCAGCAGUCUCUAUUACAAAUCAUUUACUGCCUCCUGAGUCACAUGGAUCUCACUGCGAUACAAGUGAAACAGUUUAAUGCAGAUGUUAUGAAGACUAUUGAGAAGUUUGUACAGACAGUGCAUUGGAAAGAUGCCCUAAACAUCUUGAAGCUGGUAGUAUCUCGCUCUGCCAGUUUGGUCCAUCCUGUUUACAGACACUCAGACGGUGACCUCUCAAACCUGGAGGUCAGCCGUGUGUGGGAUGGCUCGGCUAAAGCUCUCCCAGGGAAAACACUGGACUUUACAUUUGACAUCUCAGAGACACCAGUGAUAGGUCGGCGGUUUGAUGAACUCCAGGGGUCUGGAGGCAGAGAGGGCAAAGCCAGAGCGAUGGCAGUGACUCGCAGCACCUCCUCCACCUCAUCCGGAUCAAACUCCAACACUAUCCUGGUCCCUGUCAGCUGGAGGCGCCCGCAGUCCUCACAGAAACGAACCAGGGAGAAACUGGUAAAUGUCCUGUCACUCUGUGGACAGGAAGUUGGACUUACCAAGAACCCAUCUGUGAUCUUCUCUUCAUGUGGAGACCUGGACAUGAUGGAAAUGAGAGAGAGUGGGGUGUCCUCAGAGGAAGGAGGGACAAGGGAGGACACUCUGGAUGACACCGCAAGUGAGCAACAGUUCAGGGUCUUCAGAGACUUCGACUUCCUGGACGUGGAGCUGGAGGAUGGAGAGGGUGAGAAUCUGGAUAACUUUAACUGGGGAGUACGACGGAGGUCUCUGGACAGCACUGAGCUCGGGGACCUGCUAGAGGAGAGUCAACAUUCAGGCAGCACCCCCAGUUUGGGCCACGAAGACCCCCAUGAUACAGACGAAUCUUCUGAGGAAGAAGAGUCCUCCACCAGCCAGAGCCUCUCUCACUCUCAACUCACAAAUCCAUCUCCCUCGGAAGAGACCAACCACACUGACUCUUUGUCCACGUCCUACGAUACAUCUGCUGAUCCCCAGUCCCUCAACGCCACUACACCUGGACAGGGAGGGCUGCAUGACCUCCAUUCUGCUCUGCAUGGGAGGGGUUGUGAGGAUGAAGACACUCAGGCUCAGGACGAUGAGCUGUCCCUCAGUGCUCAUGAGGUCCCCCCGGGUUCCGACUGUGGAGAGAGUUUCACCCUGGACCUCCCGGGACAGGCCCAGGACCAGCUCCCCAGACUGGGACAGCGCUUCAACCGUGACUACUGCCAACCACCGCUGGACUUUCUAGACCCUAACUGUCUGCCCAGUCUUCGUGAUGAUGUGGAUGACUUGGAGGAUCUGGGCUUCCCUCCUCCUCCGUCUCCGUUUUUCUCUGCGAUCCUGGCGGCGUUCCAGCCUACUGUGUGUGACGACGCCGAGGAGGCCUGGCGCUGCCACAUAAACCAGCUCGUCACAGACUCAGAUGGGUCCUGUGCCGUCUACACUUUUCAAGUCUUCUCAUCUCUCUUCAAGAACAUUCAAGGGAAAUUCUGCACCUUGACGACAGACGUGGCAACAUAUCUGGGUGAGGGGCUCAGAGGGAUCGGGUCAAAGUUCCUGAGGUCUUCCCAAAUGCUCACCACCUGCUCCGACUGCCCCACCAUCUACAUUGAUGCGGACACUAUAAUGUCUUAUGGCCUUCUUGAAAAGAUCAAGUUUAGUGCACUGGAGCUACAGGAGUAUUUGGACACAUACAACACCAAAGAGGAAUGUGCUGUUUCGUGGUUGAGGAACUGUAGGGACACAUUUCCCAGGUGCCCUGGGGACAGUGUGGUCACAUGUCAGCCUGGAGACUCAGAGGAGAAGCAAAUGGAAUCUCUUGCACAAUUGGAGCUCUGUCAGAGACUGUACAAGCUGCACUUUCAGUUGCUGCUGCUGUUUCAGUCAUACUGUUCACUCAUCGGUCAAGUCCACGCCAUCAGCACUGUGCCCGAGCUGUUGAACAUGUCUCGAGAGCUGACUGAGCUGAGGGGUAGCCUGCAGGCGGCUGAGGCAGCUGUGGCCAGUGACCUGGAGCACAAACUCCUGUCCCAUGCUCACAGCAGCUCUGCCACUGCUGCCGGCAUGGUCGUGCCCAACUUUCCCACGUCUGAGGCCGCCGUGCAGGCCAUCCUCGAGUGCCUUAAGAACCAUGAGUUUACUAAAGCAGUCCGCUACAUUCAAGAGUGCAGGAGGCAGUGGCCUAAUGGUGUGUUUGGGGGCAGCUCGGAGAGUGAGGUGCAGACCCUCCUGAACGUGUAUUUUCGACAUCAGACCCUGGGUCAGACUGGGACCAUCGCUCUGGUCGGGUCUCGUCAGGACCUUAGUCUGAUCUGCUCCAAACUCCUGGAGCUAAACGGAGAGAUCCGUGACAUGAUCCGCCGCGCCCAGGGGUACCGUGUGGUCACAACCUACCUCCCCGAUUCCAGCGCCUCGGCGACCAGCCUCUGACAGGACUUCAGGAGCCCCCCCUCCCCGCCAGACCCUCCCUUAUACACCCUCUCAUCCCAUCCCAGGACGCUCCCAUACCCCUCUAUCCAUUCAGACCAGCCAGCAGUUCAGCCUGGCCAUACAGGAGGAUCCCCACAUCCGAAUACAUGGCCCCUCCCCCCUCCUACUUGUCUCCUGUCCCGUCUUCAGAAUACCAGACUGACACAACCGUCCCAAAAGGAUCGAUUUUAGAUCCACACCCCUUACGUCCUUCUUCAUCUGCAUCCUCUUUUGCUUCUGACACUUUUCUGCUUGACUUUCCUGGACCUCCAAAUCUAUUCAUAAGUUCUCACCGCUGCCCGACCACCCAAGAAGAACUUUAUUUCACUUUACCUCGAGAAAUGGGCAAAAACCGUCCAAACAAGAGGCAUCAAUUCAGAGGACACUCUUCUCACAGCUCACCGCUUUUCAAUUUAAACCCGGGGAGACAUUUUGUAUCUCCGCAACCAUCUUUACCAACUGUCGCUUCGGAACCGACCCUUAUCACGCAUUCAGAUAACCAUCCCCCUCUACAGGGAUCACAUCUACCACACUUUCCUCACUCGCCGUACAAGCACACCUCUGCUCCACAUGAGACCGUCCUAACUCAGUGUCCCACCCGAUCAUCAUCUCCUUCCUGCUCCUCCCCCUCCUCCCCCCUGCCUCACUGCACCUCCAGGGGACCUAGCCACUGCUGCAUGGGGUUGUUGUUGCACUUCUUUCAGUGAAGCGCCCAUACCCUUGUCCCGUUACCUGGAGAAAGUGGGCAACGCUGCACUGCCUCUGUUAAAAGCUGGGGGGCUCCUGAAAACGAAACCUUCGGAUGUACAGACAUAAAAAACAGAUUUUAGACUUUUUAACUUGAAACAGACCUUGUAAUUUUGCAGUACUGUUGCUAUGGAUAUGAAAAAGGAAUAAUAAAUUAGCUUAAAUUAUGACAUGAACACUGUACAGCUAAUAACUGCAAACACUUAGCAACUCUGUGCACAAGAACGGCUUUUUCUGCGACAUUGAACUUGCACCCCGUUGUUCUAGAAAAAUUCACUUUUACAAACUACUACAAGGACUGCAAGGAGACACAAAUUAUGGUAAAGAAACUACCCGUGAAGACAGGUAGAUCUUUGAGAUUGCACUAAAUGGAUUUUGCUAUAUGAAUUAAUGUUAAAAGUGAAUUUGAUACUGAUUUUGUUGUAAUUAUAAGAGAAAAAAGACAAAAGCUGGAAGUAAACUGUCUCACCCACUGCUGUUUGACUAGGACCUUGAUUGGAGGAAUUUGUGCAAUGCAUGACCCAGCCAAACACUUUCUACUGAAUGAGAUCUGCUCCCAGUAAACUCUGACUGAAAGACUGGUUUGAGAAGAGCUGUGCAGACUAUUGGGGUGAUUUCUAAAUGCUGUUUGUACUAUAUCAUGUAUUGGUAAACCAGCUGUCUUCAACUACUGUAACCAAUCAUGUUGUGUGCGGUCCUCUGUUGUAGCAUCAUCAUUAGUGACACUGUACAUUUCUCACUGUAACACGUAGGAGUUCAUGUUCCACUGUCAUGUAGCAUAUAUGUGUGUGGUGUGUAGAUCCACAUUAAGGGAAAUGCUGACAUUCAGCACUUUGAGUUCAGAACAGUCUGCUGAAGCCCCACACUGAUCACUGCAGUCAGCUGUUUCUGUAACCACCCUCUAGCAGUUUAAUGUCCUUUUGCUGUAUUAAAUAUUAUUUAUAUCCAAACAGG